AUGCCACGCAACGUGCAGCGUGCCACGAGCUGCCUGCGGUGCAGGGGGAUCAUGUCCCAGUGCAGUCUCUUAUCCCAUGGGAUAUUGAAAGAGCUCGGCAAACUUGCAGAGUUGAAACAAAGGGGUCUGAUUCUUGACCGUCACUUCGAAACAAUCAAAGCACACGUACGUGAAGGCGGGCAACUCCGUUGCGAAGGAGCGAUGGGACGCCAUCGAGAGCGCGUGGGGGCUGAAGCAGAACGGUGUCUUCGACGAAGAAGAGUGGGUACCGCGAGGAGAAAGGCCGUGGAUCGCGGGAAGCAAGCUAGGGAGAGAGCUGCCAAAGGCACUUUAGGCGGCAACAUCUGGACGCGUUCGCGAUUGGCAGCCGAGGACCGCUUUCGGCUCUCCACGGAGAUUGAGCGGACUCGCGGUGGAGUGAAAGAGCUCAUAUCCGGUAUAAGCUUUCCACCUCCGACCCCGGAGUCCCGCCGAUCUUGCCCUCACUGUCCCAUGACCUUCGUGAACGAGCAAGGCCUUGGGAUCCACGUGAGAACGCAGCACAGCAGUGCAAACAUGUCCAACGGCGUGCGGCUGCUGCGCAUGUUACGGAAGGAUGUCGGAGGGAGUGUCCUGCCGUGGGAAGCAGCCGGGCCUGGGCGUUGUUGGCACGUGAAGUUCGAUCAUGCGACGGGGACGGCUUCGUUUCGACGGCUUUACGGAGGGCUGAUCACUCACCAAUCUCAGAAGGACACUCGCCACCUGUACGACUACUGUGUGCAGCUGGAGCUAGACCAGAGUACGCGUAAGAUGAAGUUGCCCUUAGACAAGUACAGCGGAGAUUCGGAUGCGGCUGUAGGCUCCUGGGUUUUGCUUGAGGGCAUUAGUAGAUCAGGAAGGGUACGCAGGACCAACGUCACCCUUGUGGACCAAGAAGGUUGA